AUGCUUCAAUCCGUUGUCUUUUUCGCUCUUUUAACCUUCGCAAGUUCUGUGUCAGCGAUUUAUUCAAACAAUACUGUUUCUACAACUACCACUUUAGCGCCCAGCUACUCCUUGGUGCCCCAAGAGACUACCAUAUCGUACGCCGACGACACCACUACCUUUUUUGUCACCUCAACGGUCUACUCCACGAGCUGGUUCACCUCAACUUCAGCCACCAUUACCAAUGCGGCCUCCUCCUCCUUGUCCACCUCUUCGGCCUCUGGAUCUGUAACCCCAGAAUCCACCCAUGAAAUUACCUCCACCUCGACUAUCACGUCCACUUUGCUGCUAACCCUUCAUGACUCCACUACUUUGUCUCCAUCAUCUACUGCAGCAAGUGUCAGUGACGAAGAUUCAAACAACAAAGAUGCAAAGGUCAAGUCCUUUGAACAGGCUUCAACUUCCAAUGGUUGCGUCCCAAUCACAAAGUUUGUCACUGUCACCAAUGAGCCCGUUACCCAGUACGUUACAGUCACCCCAAAUACGACUACACAAUACGUUACUGUCACCGGUGCACCUUCUGUUACCACUACCUCUCCAGGUAACGUACAAUGGUACAACACCACUUCGAUUACUAAUUCGACCAGUUGGUGA